UAAUAUGUAUGCGUAUCGAUGCAUACAGCUUCACACAAACUUAUACAGAUAUAAUUAUUGUGCAUUUUGAAGCGACAUCGUUUUAUGCUUCUACAGGAUAAUCCAGUUCUAACGCCGUAGUUUGAAGUACUUAAAUGACCAAUUGAAAAUGACAUAUUCGAAACUCAAUUAUCAAAUAGUAAUAUUUCGCAUGAAAUUUUGUUUUCCACAGUGAAUAAAAAUGUGUAAAAACAGCGAAACAUCGGUUUAAUAUGAUUGUUUUCAAAAGAAAAUAAAAAAACAUCUUCAAUCGAACACAUAGCAAACAUUCACAAUUUGACACUUAGCUUAAGUAUAUGCUAACGUUGUGGUUUAUACAAAAAUAUGAAAACACCGCUAAAACGUCAAAGUUAAUAGAACAGCACGAGAACGUUGAACAAACACAUCGUGUGAAUACAUUUAUCUUAACAUCAUCGAAGUGUUAUUUCCAAGCAAAGGUUUAGAUAAAUACAAAUCCGUCAAAAUGAAUGACUAUAUUCAAAACAAGUCACGGAUUGAAAAUGUUCACGAUAGAAUCAAAAUGAAAGUUGAGGCGCAUUUGAUCCGACAAUUUUGUGUCGCCAAAGAGUUCCAUCAGAAUGCGGCCACCAAAAUAACUGCCAUCGAUUUUUCAUCAAGCGGUGAACAUUUGAUUUCAUGCAAUGGUGACGAUCAAAUUUUUAUCUACGAUUGUGAAAAAGCCGUCCAAACUUGUAACAUCAAUUCAAGAAAAUACGGCGCUGAUUUUAUCCAUUUCACACGCGAUCAGAAUGCUGUAAUUCACAGUUCAACAAAAGUUGAUGAUGCCAUCCGUUUGUUGUCAUUGAAGGACAAUAAAUAUUUAUGGUAUUUUCCCGGUCAUACAAAAAAAGUGAUUUCAUUAUGCGUUUCACCAGUCGACGACUCAUUUUUGUCCGGAUCCAUUGACAAUACGCUACGAUUGUGGGAUUUACGUACGAAGAAUUGCCAAGCAAUUUUGCGAUCACCAGGCCGUACAAUCGCUGCAUAUGAUCCGGAUGGUUUGGUUUUUGCAGCCGGUAUGAAUUCGGAAAUGAUCAAAUUAUAUGACUUAAGGUCAUUUGAUAAAGGACCGUUUGAGACGUUCAAUUUAAAUACCAAAAGCGAAUGGACUGGUUUGAAGUUUUCCAAAAAUGGAAAAACCAUCCUCAUCAGUACCGCUGGCCAAAUAAUCCAUAUGAUUGAUGCGUUCGAUGGUGUUCGACAUGCUCCACUCAAAAAUUUCAUCGGUCAUUCAAACUAUAUGAAACUUCCGAUUGAAGCAUCAUUCAGUCCCAAUUCACAGUAUAUUUUUGCUGGCAGUGAUGAUGGACGUAUACACUGCUGGGAUGCCGAUACGGGUUUUAAAGUGUGCGCACUCAAUGGUGGACAAGGACAAACAACUCCGGUACAAUGUGUUCAAUUCAAUCCAAAGUUAAUGAUGUUGGCGAGCGCUUGCAAAAACGUGACAUGGUGGUGUCCAAGUUUAGAAGAUCCAACACAAUAGGCGUCAACAAUGUCACGUUUUGGUACGAUAUCAUUUGAUCUAAAAACACUAGAUAUCAUCAAAAAUUCUAAAGAACAAAAAUUGAAUGUGAAAAAGUGUCGAUUCACCAUUUAUUUUUAUUUUACAAAAUUUAUGCAUUUUACUUAUAAUAAGUGUGCUGUAUUGUUAUGUCGAAACUCUUGUUGCAACGACGCAUCGAUCAAUGCACAUACGAAAUAAUUCCAUUUGACUCAAUUGUAGAAAAGUAAUUAUUUUGCGCAUGCUUCUAUUUCAUUAUUUCAAUGUAAAUAGGUGAGACCUGUUUAUAGAUCUCGGUACAAAGCUUGAAAACACGCGUGUCACAUAUGAAUCGUUGCGAUGAAGAAAUAGUUCUUAUUUUGUCUAAAAUUUAACAUAUAUUUUUUUUACUUUAUUUCUUCGCCGUAAAGUUUCUGUGUAAAUUUAAAAAUAGUGAUAAGGCUAGUCCCUCCGAAAGCAUUGUGCAUUCGUCAAAAAUUCAUUUCCUAUUUCGGUCAAUGAAUAAACAUAUUAUUAAGACAAUUCAUAUUAUAACUCGAAUUCGUACGGCUUGAUAAUAUGCAUUGAAUGAAAUAAAAUUGAUAAUAAAUAUUCAUCAAAUCAAUUGGAUAAUUCAUGAUGAAAACAAAGCAGACAAAAAUGCAACAAAUUAUCGCAUGACAUAUUUGUAUUCAAAGUGGAUUCAUUCAAAAAACGACGAAUCUAUUGAAAUGAUAAAUAUAUAAGAAAACGUAUCCUAGCCAAUUCGAAUGUCAUCUUUAAUAGUAAAAUAAUAUAACAGAUCCUUUUUUCAGUUUUUAGUUUAAUUGACAAAAUUCCAUUAAAAUCAUUUGAAAUAUCAUUUUAAAAAAAUCCGGAACAUAUUUCUUAUCACAAAAAACA